AGGGGGGGAGCGUGUGUGAGGAAGAGGAAGAGGAGGAGGAGGGAUACGUGAUAUUCUCCGCCGCACCGUGAAGUGGGCCGUCCCUGUUCGUGGAGAUCUGCCCGAGGAAGGCCCACCUAUCCAGCUCAGCUGAACACUGCUCCGGUUCAGACCGUGUAGUUCGAGUCGAGCGCGCAGGAAGAACCGUCGGGGACCAGUCGGAGGCUGUUAGGACACAGGAGCUUUGGCCAAGAUGGAUGUGUUCAUGAAGGGGUUGUCUAAAGCUAAGGAGGGCAUGGCUGUGGCUGCAGAGAAGACCAAGGAAGGAGUUGCAGUUGCAGCUGAAAAGACCAAGGAAGGAGUCAUGUUUGUAGCCUGAAGAGUAUGGGCAGGAGGCCAUGGAGGGCCAGGGAGAAGGGAUGUUGGAGCCAGAAGGGGAGACAUAUGAUGAGUCCCAGCAGGAGAGCCAGGACUACGAGCCAGAAGCAUAAACGCAUCGGUCCGAGCCACCAUCCAACCAGCAGCACAAUAAUAUUUCUAAUAAUAAUAAAAGGACAAAUGCUGAAACUAUUCCAAUUAUAUUCCUGUUGCAAAAAAAAAAAAAAAGUAAAAAAAACGACAAAAAAGACAAGCAUUCCCACUGAAAAUGUUCUUCCUUCAAGACAAAUCUUUUAUGAUUAUAUAUUGUAAAUGUCAUGUUAUUAAUGUAAUGUGUUGGGUGUAGGUAUUUAUUGAGCUGUAGGAUUCUGUCCUCUCAGUCUCAUUUCCUUGAUUCCCUCCCAACGAAAUGAGACCGGAGUCAGAGCUCGUGACUUUGUAACGUGUAUCUGUAUUUAGAAAUGUGCAAUAGAUGUUCAUCUUCUUCCAAUGAGGCACUGGGAGUGAAAAAAACUGUUAAGUGUGACCAGUUGCAAGCAGAUAUGAAUACAUUAAUAUCCUCUUUAAGUGUCAACGAUGCCUGUUUGUGGUUCUUAUUUUUAUUUUAUUUUUUUAUUCUGCAUUUCUCUGGAGAUUUGGUAAGGGUUUUUUACAUCGUAUCUUUCUAGUUCUUCGUGAAGUCAUUCCACUAAAACUAUCUGUUAGGAACUGACAGAGUAUACAUGUUUGUGUGUGCGCGUGUUUGUGUGUGCUAAAGAUUUUAACGAGUCGAUAUAUUAUGUCUUGGGAACAUAACAGUUGUCAUAUUGAUAUGUGCUUUAAAUGGCAGAAUUUGUCAAUGUAAAGGUUUCUGUGUUAAGCCAGACUUUAUCCUCUGUAAAUAAAAGUAAAAAUAAAAAAAGA